ACUCGCGAUAAGUAAAAUGGCGUGGCAUAUAAUGUUAAACCCUCACAAUUUAUCAUUUUACCCUGCACUUUAAAACUGUAUUAGUAUUUUGGAACCCUUCAAACGUAUCUUAGUAGAACAAAUAAGGUCUGGAAUAGCCCUUUAAAAGUAUAUUAGUCAGGAAAAAGUAGUAUUUUGGAAGCCUUCAAAAGUACAUUUGUAGAACGAAUUGGGUUGGAAUAUGCCUUUAAAACUAUAACUAGUAAAACAAUGUAGUAUUUAGUAUUUUUUAUGACAGUAAGAUAACUCUCAUAUUUAGGUGGAAUAAACCUCAAACCCUUCUAGAAGCGCAUCUGGCAUUGCAGGAACAUAACAACUCUGCCAUUACUAUGUGUCAGCAGACUCUACUAAAUCAACUGGUAUUUAUUACACUUUAACACCAGGGAUCACAAACUCAACCUGGGGGUAACCUGGGGGCCAUUUCGUGUCCAUGAGCAUCAUCACAAUACCGCAAUAACAAUACAUAAUUUUUAUAUCUGCGAUAUCUGUGACGUCAUUUUCACUACUGAAUUGCAGAUAAUUAUCUGAAAUUGUAGUUUGGACUAUUAAAAAUUACGUCAAGUAAAUCUGUAACGGUAAAAGUUAAAAACGAGUUUUCUCUAAAUACUGACGACUCAUCCAACCUUUGGAAUAAUGGUUACGUAACUUCCGGUAAUUGUGUCAUGCUAUUCGGACACUUCCGUUCCCUAGAAACCGCCUCUCUCGCCUGUGGUUCCCACCCAAACAAACAAAGCUCAGUGUGAUAUUCACUCCCCUCAUAAACACAACUCCGCCUGCAUUGCGGCAGCCAGCACGUCCCCUGUCCGUUAUCUGGAUUCAGAGAAUGGAGCUCUUGUAAAAACCACGGACGAUGUUCACCGUGUCUGUCUGAAUUAUUACCUCACUCAACGACGUGCUCGUAUUUUCUCGGUAGCGUUGCACAACAGUUGUGGUGAGGUAAGUAAGGCUAGCUAGCUGCCACUGUCUGUGCCCGGACAGCAGAGGCUGGGCAGAGAUGAGCGGGUUAAAACAGGUGUGGUAGCCACGGAUAACGACCUGACCUCCCGAUAGAGUUUCUGGAAAUCCACGAGUACAAACUAACAGCAAGUCCUUUAGUGAAGUAAACUAACCCCCGUCACCACUGCCUGCUGCUGCUGUGGUCUCCAAACUGUCACUAUGAGUGCAAUUCGUGUGGAUGCCAAGGUGGUGAUGCUGGGAAAGGAGAGUGUGGGGAAGACCAGCUUGGUGGAGAGAUAUGUUCACAAUCGCUUUUUGGUUGGUCCAUAUCAGAACACUAUUGGAGCUGCUUUUGUUGCCAAACCAAUCCAGAUCGGCGAGAAAGUGGUGACUCUGGGAGUAUGGGACACAGCUGGAUCAGAGCGCUAUGAAGCUAUGAGCAGAAUCUAUUACAGAGGAGCCCGGGCAGCCAUAGUCUGCUAUGACUUGACGGACAGCAGCAGCUUUCAGCGAGCUCGCUUCUGGGUGAAAGAGCUGCAAAACUGUGAAGAGCACUGUAAGAUCUACCUGUGCGGCACUAAAGGUGAUCUGAUUGAGGGAGACAGAAGCGUGCGCCAAAUCGACUACCAUGACGCUCAGGACUUUGCUGAAGAGAUCGGAGCGCAGCAUUUUGAGACCUCGAGUAAAACUGGGAAAAACGUGGACGAGUUAUUCUAUAAAGUUGCCGAGGAUUACAACAACUCAGCGUUCCAGUACAUGACAGAAGAGACUGGAGUGGAUUUGGGCCAGAAGAAAGACUCUUAUUUUUACAGCUGUUGUCACAACAACUGAUGCUGGAGCAACUUGAAAAGUGAAACAAGUGGAAAAACGACGGCCUUCUCUCAGCUGGAGUCAAACGUGGGCAGGUGCUGGAUAUCUCUGCUCUAAGUGUGAAGGAGGAAUCCGACCGUUCUCAUAAUACCUUGUUAUUAGAUGUGUUUAUUUCUUUUGUGCCAUAAAGAACAAAAGGAUCCACUGUGACUGCAGCGGUUACUGAGCUGGUGAGGGAUUUUAAAAAGCAAACGCUUCCACUUUUCACCCACAUGUGUCCCAUGUCCUUACCUCUGUGCGCGGUGACCUGUGACCUGCAGUAGUGAGGAAGUUAAUGACGUUGCCUGAAAACAAGGAUCCUCUUGAGAAGCCGAUGCUGUUAGUUGUGGACACAGUGCACUCCAGGGUGCUGAAUGCUUCGUUUACAGUAGUUAUUUUUUCUUUUGUGAAGCUUUUUCGUCGUCACGCUUGCACACUUUCAACGGCACCUACAUGAACGGAUGAAAGAGGAGAGGAUAUUUAUUAAACACAGACUUUAUUCUGAUCAUUCUCAGCCGUACUUUGUCGACUUGAAAAUGGAGUAUGUUAACGAGUGUUAUCUUUAUAAAAGGUCUUUAUAUGCACAUGGCAAAUCACAGGACCAUGCAUGUGUCCAACCUGAGGACGUCUGUGGAGCUGUGUCUCACCGCUAUCACUACAUUUGUCACAUGACGCCCGUGGAUGUACGCAGAGCUGAUGGGGAUGUGACCGGCGAGCCCCAGAUCCACGUCCGUCACACCUGGAUUCUUACAACGGCAGAGGAGUUACAGACAAGCUCACAGUGAAAGGACAGGAUUAGCUCGGCAUCGUUCCGUGAUGUAUCAUUAGCAUCAUAAGCUAAGCUGACACGUUCAACUCUAACUUAAAAACUCUGAGUGGAAAAGUUUCCCUCAGCUGUGGCACAAAAAACACGUUAUUGUACAAAUCAUCAUCAUCAUCAGAGUAACAUUUACAGCUCUCCUCAAAUGUCCUGUCACUCAUUUAUUGCUGCCAGUUGUGGGGAAAAUAAAUGGACUCAUCUCAGUUUCUCCUGCUGCUGCUUUUGUGUCGUCGUGUGAGUAAGUCGACAUUUUUGAGCACAAUAUUUUUUAACUGAAGAGUGUUGCAGACAAACAAAUAUGCUAAAAUAAAACCUGUGGAAACAA